AUGUUGACUCUGUACAUGGUGGUUGCGUGGCUUGUGGGAAUUUGCUACGGUUUUGUGCUGAUUUCGUCAGCGGCGGGCCAAAAUGACGUGAAUUUGUUCCAAGUCGGGGAAAAAGCGGUCUAUAAACUACACUCGACCGUGCUGUUGAAUGAAAAAACGGGGGGCGGCAAAAACGUGGGCUUUUUCAUCACGGGGGAUGUUAUGGUGCACAGUCUCUGGGGCGAGAGCGAGGAAAAAUUACUCAAACUUGAGCUUAAGGCACCCCAGUUGCACAUUCGGUCGAGAAAAGCUCCCUCUCCCGAUGGCUUCAUCGAACAUUCCUCCAAACUGGAGGAGUUCUCCCUAAAACCGUUCUAUGUAACGUGGCGCAGUGGCAAAAUUGGCAAGAUUUUGCUCCCAAAGGGCGAACCCAAGUCUUUGGCCAACUUCAAAAAAGGGAUAGCGAGUCUAUUCCAGUUCCAAAUCCUGGAUGUGGAAACCACCGAAAAUGACGCUUCCGGGUCGUGCAAAACCGUUUACCACACCAUUGACACAACGAAGUUUCGGAAAACCAAAACCAAUUGUAUCUCUUCCGACUUGCCCUUUGUCAAAACCGCCCAUCCUAUCCUCGACGUCCUUGUCGCUUCCUCCAGACAAGUAACGUACGAACUGGACCCCAAACUAACUCACAUCAAAGCCAUUUAUGCCAAAGAAUCACACAGCAUGGUUUUAUCGGUGAAGGAAGACAUUGGCAGUGUGAUAGAAGCCGACCAAAUCCUGAACCAUGUCAAAAAUGAGAAAACUGGACCUCUCCAAGGAGCUACGCUUGAAUCAGUUGUCGAUUCGGUGUCUCAAGGGUACACCGAAGACACCCUUCAGUUACAAAAAGAAGAAAAUGACGAUGAUGGCAAAACGUUCCCAAACCUGGUCAACGAACUGAGGGACAACAUCUCAAAUUUGGGAAAUUUGCUUUCGGCGAAAUCAUUUUUGCGCCUUUUGGACGCCGCCAGGAAGGCAACCAAGGACGAAAUUGUCAAGGUUUUGGGGUCCAAGAAGAACCAAAAGAUUUUGCCACAAAUUUACGAUAUUUUGGGCUACGUCCAAACACCCGAAGCCCAUGCCAGUGUCUUGAAGAAGCUCCAUUUCGACAAAGAGGAGCACCAGGACUUGAGCGAACGCUACCUGUGGUCACUUUCACUCUCUUCGCACCCUAACCCCGAUAUUUUGAAAGAUUUGUUAGAGAGACAUCGCAAAAAUGACAACUACCCGGACAAAGUCAAGGAAACUUUAGUCCUCACUAUUGCACAAAUGGCGUUUUUAACGCAGGGCGAGCGCAAGAUUGUGCGAAGCGUGGAGGAAAUAAUUGUGAACAACUUGAACUAUGCCAAAGGUGAAGACCGGUUCAAGUUUCUACGAGCGCUGAAGAACCUCAAAAGUGUCACAACCGUCCCGCUCCUGGUCAAAAUAAUAGAAGAAGGGACGUUCAAAGAGGGGGUACUUGCAUUCAAAGCCAUUAAGGCCCUCGGUCCUUCUCGAUGGACCCCUGACAUAUUCAGAAUAGCGCGGAAAACGUUUUUGCAACUCGACCGGAAAUACGACACGAGUGCUCGCACCCUAGCCGCUGAUAUCCUCCUAGAAGCCCAACCCGGCGACAGUCUCUUGAAAGACUUCUUACACUACCUCAAAACCAACGAUUCUAGUGUCGAAGUCAAGCAAUACGUCAUGCAGCGGCUCCAAAUGUUGGCGGACGAGGACCGAAACUUCAACCAAAGACUGUCGCACUUGAUCCGAUCCGACCCAAAGUUGAACAAUUACGAAGUGUUGGCCCCUUAUGGCCUUUCGACCGCUUUAAAACGCACGUUUUUGCGCAGUCCCUCAAGCAAUGGCAGUCUUCUCACAAUCCAGGAAAUCUUUGGCGGGAUUGUUAAGCGCGGAAUCGUCAAUGUCAUGAUGGAUAAAGACAGCCAGAGUAGGGAAAUGUUCAGUUUGGGGAUUUUCGCCGGCGGUUUGAGCGGUUUAGUGGGUGGCGAAGUGGAAGGUGACGAGGAAACGGCCACUGCUGGCAUGGACCUCACAAUUCUGGACACGCAAAUCCGCCCGUUUGUCUUCUUCAACGGUCAGAGCGAACUCAUGGGUCAUGUGUGGUCUGGAACAGCGUCGGAACGCACCACGGCGUUCCAGGCCCUUAUUUUGCUGCAAGACCACCUCGAGUUUAUCAGACUGGGGCCAGGCUUCGUGGCCCAGCUCAGUCUGAAAGGGGGCGUGUCUUUCGACUUGUCUGGAAACAUCGAGAUUUCGCUGUGGGGCCGCACGGCUGAUUCCAACGUCGAGAAAUCGGCCGGGAUUGUGACCAAUGGGUUGAUUGCAGUCGAUGCGUCUUUCGUGAGGUCGCAGAUCGAGUUCAGUGCCUCGCUUGAACCGAAACUGAAUCUCAAAUCAGACAUAGACUUCUCAGGAAACAUGAAUCUGUGUAUGAGGGUCACUCAGCCGGAUUCGAUUUUCAGACACAACAUUUACAAAAUCGAACGGAUCCCCGGGAGCAAGCACAAGAUGCGAAUCGCCAAGUACAAGAAAGUGCAAGUGCCGGGAACAACGUACUCCCUGAACAGGAAGAACAACGAAAUGUGUAGUGCUAUGUUUAGUUAAGUGUACCAAGUGCUGUGUUAAGACUCGUGCUCAAUUGUAAUAUUUCUCACAAUAUAUUUAUUACCGAACUUA